GAAUUUCUGGUAGGGGUUCGCGCACUCGGGAUGGCGGUGCCAUCUACCAGUCGCUGUUAGCGGCUCGCAUACUCAUGUUUUGCAACACCACUGGCAGUAUCUCAUGUUUUGCAAUACCAGUGGCGAAGUCAAAUCCAAGAUGGAGCAGAAAAAUAAGGACCCAGCACCGGGCGAUGGUAUACGGUCACUUCGGAGUACUAUGAUGUUUCGUGCUAUUAAUUAUGAAUUAUAUGCCAAACCGAAUGCUAUCAUAAUGGGCUUGGGAAUUAUAGCAAUAACAGGUUGCGCAGGAUAUAUUUUGUACAUGCGCAGUAAAUACGAGGGUAUGGGAUAUUACUCCGCUAUUGACUCCGAUGGGCAUGAAACCUUUAAAAAGAAGACAUCCAAGUGGAGCAGUUGAGUUUCGAUUCAUUAA